AUGGCUGCUAGGGAGCAGUCCAGAUAUCUGGCACGGGCUUUGCCUCGGGCAUUCAUGCCCUCAGCUCGCCCUCAACCCUUUCUCGGCCGCCGCAAUGCCUCCGACGAGGCACCGGCCAGACGUCUUUCAGACGAGUUGGAGACGGCAUCUUCGUUGACCACAGUUGUGUCUGAAGACGCAGCAAAGUCUUUUGACCCAGCCGCGCAGGCCAAGUCACGCAAGUCUAAGCUUCCUCGCAGUCGAUACCAAUUCCGAUCUCCCAAAUACGACCGUGGUCCUCUCCACCCGCAUCAGCCGCCUCCUCCCUCAGACCCCUCCUCCAGAUUGUUCGUUCCCGGUCCCUUUACUCUUCCGCGCGCCGAGCAAACAUACAACUCGACUGUCGCAUCGGACAUCCUCACCCUUUGCUACGUGCACACACCACCUGGUUUCAAGCCCCCGCCGAAGGCACCACGUCUGCGCGAAUGGGAUGACAGCUCUCCCUACCACAAGAACCGUCCCCUCCGUGGCCCUCGUGGCGGCGAUGUUCUGCGGUUACUCCGAAAGCCCAUCCGGUUCAACAACAUCCCCAAGAUCGAGCGCAUCACGAUUCACAGUUAUGUGAAGAACGCCGCCCACGAAAACUCAUCGUGGCUGCACGUGGCCGGUAUGGCCAUCCAGGCUAUUUCCAACACGCGCGUUGAGACCUUCAAGUCGAAGAGUAGUGUUGCGACCUGGAGCAUUGCCCCUGGCCGAGACACUGUCGCUGUCAAGGCUGAGCUUCAGGGCGAAACCAUGUAUCACUUCCUCGGCAAGCUGAUCGAUGUGGUUCUGCCCCGGAUUAAGGACUGGCCCGGUAUCAAGGGUAGCAGCGGUGACAGCAGCGGAAACAUUACCUUCGGUCUGGUACCGGAGAACGUUGCCAUGUUCCCCGAGAUUGAGGUCAACUAUGAUAUGUAUCCUCCCAAGAUGAUCCCUGGUUGCCAUAUCACCCUUCACACCACCGCCAAGGCGGAUAAGGAUGCCCGUCUCCUCCUGAGCGCCAUGGGCAUUCCGUUCUACGGCAAGAUCGUCCACUAA